AUGAAGAAAGCUGCAGAGUUGGUAAUCAUUCCUACCCCAGGAAUUGGGCACAUCGUGUCAGCGGCGGAGAUGGCAAAGCUCCUGGUUGCUCGAGAUGACCAACUUUUCAUCACAGUCCUCAUCAUGAAGCUAGACCUUGACUCCAGGCCCAUGGGAAUAGAUAUUACUUAUACAGGAUCUGACCGUAUCAACUUCAUCACCCUCCCAGAGGUCAACAUAAGCACAGAAGGCAUGAGCCCCAACAACUUCCUCAAGUUAUUUGUUGAAAGUCACAAACCUCACAUUAAAGAUACGGUCUCCAAGCACAGCCAGUCCCAAUCUGAGGCUAGACUUGCUGGGUUUGUUGUUGACCUGUUCUGUACGAGUAUGAUAGACGUUGCCAAUGAAUUAGGGGUUCCAACAUAUGUGUUUUUCGCAUCCAAUGCAGGGUUUCUUGCGCUCUUGUUCCACCUCCAAGUCCUUCAUGAUGAGCAUAACAAGGACUGCACCGAUUUAAAGGACUCGGAUGCUGAGUUGGUGUUGCCCAGUUUUACCAAUACACUGCCGGCUAGUGCCUUACCUAGCAUGUUUUUAGACAAGGACUCCACCACCACAUUCAUCAACCAUGCAAGAAGGUUCAGAGAAACCAACGGUAUUUUGGUAAACACAUUCAUGGAGCUGGAAGCAAAUGCUCUUCACUCUCUUUCCGAUGGCAAAACUCCACCGGUGUACCCCAUAGGACCCAUGUUGAACAUUACGAGAAAUGAAAAGGAUGAGGAUUCAGACCUGGCAUCAGAUAGCACCUUGAAGUGGCUUGAUGAACAGCCUCCAUUGUCAGUAGUGUUCUUGUGCUUUGGGAGCAUGGGAAUUUUUGACGAAGACCAGGUGAAGGAGAUAGCCUAUGUGCUGCAGCACAGUGGACUUCGAUUCCUGUGGUCCCUGCGGCAGCCCCCAGCAGAGGGGAAGGUUGCUUACCCUAGUGACUAUGCAGAUUACUGGGGAGUCUUGCCUGAAGGGUUCCUUGAUCGGACUACUGGGAUUGGGAAGGUUAUAGGAUGCGCUCCAGAAGUGGUUAUCUUGGGCCACCCUGCAAUUGGAGGGUUCGUAUCUCAUUGUGGGUGGAAUUCUAUGCUUGAGAGUCUAUGGUGCGGUGUGCCCGUCGGCACGUUGCCAAUGUAUGCAGAGCAACACUUGAAUGCUUUUGAGAUGGUGAGAGAAUUGGGAUUGGCAGUGGAAGUGAGUAUGGCUUAUAGGAAGGGCAGUGUGAAUGCACAAGAUAUAGAGCGAGGGAUUAGGCAAGUGAUGGAGCAUGAUAGUGAUAUAAGGAAGAGGGUGAAGGAGAUGAGUGAAAUGAGCAACAGCCUUGAUGGAUGGUGGUUCCUCUUACUCUUCGUUGGGGCGCUUUAUUGA